CAGCAUUCUUUCUGCUACUUUAAAAUUUAUGGCGGUUAUAACAUUUAAAGAAACAUUUUUUAGCGCUUCGUAAUCCCUAAAUACCUUUUGUGCAGGCUUGAUCUGAGUUUCAAAGUUCCAAACCUCUUUCUUUGAUGAAUUUGUCCAUGGGAGGCUAGGAGCGAAAAUGGGUUUAUACAGUGCGCAAGUGCUGUUUUCUAAGAAAUACUGACGUGCGUGACUAGUAUUUGUGUACAAGUUUGGCCUUGUUUUGAACGGUUCUUGUGAUACAAAGUAGCGUGGCCUGCUCAUAGUGAAGAGUGUGACACACAUGACAUGUCUGCCAUAGAAUAUAGUUAUUUACUGAUUGAAAUAAGUGAAAAACUUGACGAACUUAGUCCAAUCCAUCGUCUUCUGUUCACGUGUCGAAAGUAUCUGGCAUCUGGAAGCGAAGAAAACAUUCAGGAUACCCUAUCGUUAUUUAAAGAAUUGGAAGAACAGCAAAAUCUGGGAAUUGAUAAUCUGGUGGUUAUCAAAGAGCUGUUAAAACGUGUCAGAGAAUGGUCGCUUUUUGGAAAAGUGAAAAGAUUUGAGAACAAACGGAAGGAAUACAAUACCUUGCUCGAGGAGAUAAUUGCUGUGCUCGACGAACUCAAUGAUCUGGAACGGCUCGUCUCGGUUUGCAGAAGAGAGUUAUCUGAAGAAAGUGAAGGCCUUAUUGAGGAUGUUCGCUCGUUGUUUAAGGUACUCGAAAACCAGAAUAUUCUAGGUCUUGAUCGUCUGGAUAUUUUGAAGGAGAUCCUCACCGAAACGGAG